AUGCUGACUUUCUCCCAGGGUGAGCACAAAGCAAUUCAUAAAUCGAAAGAAACCUUCAACCCGUUUCCAACAUUCCCGUUCACUGGGACCCUUCGACCCGUGUACCCUCUUUCACCUAAAAACCCCGUCCCCAAGUCUAUCCUGCACCCCGACUAUGCAGGCGAUGGCGUUCCACGUUCCGAGCAAAAAAUAUUUGGGCGACAUAAUAUCAAGAUCCUCAAUGAGAAAGAAAUAGACGGGAUGAGAAAGGUGUGCCGGCUGUCAAGGGAAGUCCUAGAUAUCGCGGCUCGAGAGAUCCGGCCCGGCGUCACCACCGACCAUAUCGAUAAGGUCGUACAUCAAGCUUGCCUUGAAAGAGAAUCUUAUCCCUCACCUCUAAAUUACGUGAACUUUCCCAAGUCCGUUUGUACCUCCGUUAACGAAGUUAUAUGUCACGGUAUCCCCGACCAACGACCCUUGGAAGAUGGCGAUAUUUUGAACAUCGACAUUUCGCUCUAUCACGGGGGCUUCCACGGCGAUCUUAACGAAACAUAUUACGUUGGCGACAAAGCCAAGGCGGACCCCGAUGCAGUUCGAGUUGUAGAGACUUCAAGAGAGUGCUUGGAUAAGGCGAUUGAAAUUGUUAAACCAGGAACGCUAUUCCGAGAAUUCGGGAACGUUAUCGAAAAGCACGCUAAGAGCAGAGACUGCAGCGUCGUCCGAAGUUAUUGUGGCCACGGAAUCAACCAGCUAUUCCACACUACCCCAAGCAUCCCCCAUUAUGCCAAGAGCAAAACUGUAGGAUCUGCGAAAGUUGGAAUGUGCUUUACAAUUGAGCCGAUGAUCAACCUUGGAAGCUACAGGGACAAGACAUGGCCAGACAAUUGGACAAGCGUGACAAUAGACGGAAAGAGAUCAGCUCAGUUCGAACAUACCCUUCUAGUAACAGAGGAUGGCGUCGAUGUCCUCACCGCGAGACUCUCGGACUCUCCAGGCGGCGCCAUACCGAUCCCAACCGCUGCAUAG